AAAAAACUUAUCAACCGAGAUUUAUAUCUUCAUUUGUCCUUUUCAAAAUGACAUCGACUUUGCUACCAUUUCUCUAUAAUACGAGGACGAUCCUACGAACGAAUCCUCGAAUUACCCUUACAUUUUAUCGUUCUUUACACGCCACACGGCGGCAAUUAAGAGAGGGUGAUGAAAUACCGUUCGCCUCUUACGUUCCUAAAGAUGAAACUCCGCCGGAACAACCUCUUCGUCGUGGUACCAUCACCCCGUCGGAGAGACGCGUAUUUGAGCGUAUCUUCGCCGAUAUAAAGGCCCGUGGUCUUAAGCCUUUUGUGCCCGAAGGCUCAUCAGCAACCUCAGCUACUCGCACUACUCUAUCUAUAGUGCAACAAGCUGUCCAAGAUGCUAAUCAGAUCCGCCCCGCCACCGUUACUACUCCUGGUAUAUCGGAUGGUCCUACAGAUCGUCGUCAUAAGGCUCUUCUACGAUUUCCACCCGAAUUGCGCGCUGCUGCUAGCAAGGCGUUCGAUACUAUCCAGCCUUCAAAUUUGAGGCUUCCUGGCGGUGAUGACAUCGCAUAUGAUGAAGCUUCUAUCGCGGCCAGCCGAGGGGACCCUGAUGGUGAUGAAGGUUGGAAAGUGCCCGCAAAUGCCGUCGACCGCACUAUGGAGCUGGAGGCUAAGCGUUACCCUGAGCGCACCCGUGUCGAAGGAUUAAUCACUGCUGCAGAGACCGACUUCGAACUCUGGGAUGUCCUGGAAAAGGAAGUGUUCGUAAUGCCUGCUAGACUUGGCAUUCGCGGAGACGCAUCCAAAUUGGUAGAAACAGAGACUAAAGUGCCGAGAAAGAAGAAGAAGACGGAAGUGGUUACGGCCAGCGAGGCGGUAGACCAUCUUGAAGAUGUAGCCGAUACUCUCGAGGGUGAGGGUGAGGGUGUAGAUGCGCCGGUAAUAAUCCCAGAAGAAACAGACGUCACGUCCACCGAAAACAACACUCCAUCCCAGGAACUGAGUCUCUACAUACAUGGGCCGCUAUACCCGGAAUAUAUCCUACUCGCACUACGACGUCUUGACACCGCAUUUCGUGCGCCAUCGCCUCUCGCCUUCUCCAUACUACCCCGGAUUAAGGAGCUAGGACUCGAGUCAUAUAUCCUUGGCGUAUCAACACCUUUCUAUAACGAGCUUCUGGAAAUUUACUGGACCCGCCGUGGCGAUCUAUCCGGAGUGCUAAACCUGCUAGAGGAAAUGCGCCAUUGUGGACUCCAAUUUGACGCACAGACCGCGUCUUUCCUUGGGAGAGUAAACACGACAUUAACUUUGCUAGCUACUAGGGAGGCUCCUGGUUCAUUUGCAAGGGCCCUCACGACCAUGCCUGAAUACGACCGGUCUGUACGACACCGCAUAAAGCGUUGGCAUGAAGCUGUGGACUCGUCAAUCAACGAAGAGAUAGCAUAACAUCAAAAUUUGAGAAAGAUUAGGUACAUAGCUGAGCUAGGAUAGUGGCUGUUGAUCCGCGACACACGAUAGGUAAUAUUUCUCUUCUCAUUCGAAUGGGAUAUCAUUAACAUUUCCCUCCUAAGUAUAUGUGUAUGAAAUGCGUC